UCUAGAAGAUUUUCCACAACGGUAGGUUUAAAUAAAAAACAUAAAAAAUGAAUAUAUCUGUGAAUAUUAUGUGACUGUUUUUUUUUUUUUUAUUAGAUUAUUAAACGGAAGCAAAUUGAUACAAUCUUUUUUUUUCUUUUUUUUGUUGAAAUAGAUCCGCCAGAUGUAACUUCAUUACAAACAAAAACCUAUCAUUUUCCAGGUGAUUCUAUAGCAUUUGUGUGUUUUAUUGACUCUAAUCCUGAUCCAAAUAUCAGAUGGUUUCAUACCUCAGCUAAUUCCAAUAGUAAUCGUAAAGAUUUGACAACCUUUUAUCAAGGACAACAUAAUUCUAAUGUUUGGUCAAUUGUUGAAGAAAAAUUAAACAAUACAAGGUGGAAAACUAUACUUUACAUUAAACACGUAGCAAAACGUUUUCUUAACACAGAAUUUAUUUGCUAUGCAAAAAAUAAAUUAGGUGAUAGUCAACAUUCAAUCCAUUUAGCAGAAAAUAUUCGAAGAUUAGAUAAUCAUGUUAAAAAACAUCGACUUACUACAAUGUCAAAUUUAUUAACAUCAAAAGAGAGUGAAUAUUUAUUACUUAAACCGGUAUCCGAUUAUAAUGAUGUUAAAAUUAGACGUAUGGAUGAUACAUCACGAAGAAAAUUUCACAACAUAUUAUAG